GCUGCUUGAACUGCGACGCUCACGCUCGCUGCCACUCGGUACAACUACUACCACUUACGACACGCAAACUUGUGACUUGUGACCGUAAAGUACCCGUACACGUGUGAUCUUCUCGUUAUAUAUUGUAGGUGAUGCAUGAAGGAUGAUGUCCAGCUCAGUACCCCUUCUUCUACUGACCCUCUCAUCGGCGUUAUCUACACUUUCUGCACCUUACGAUGGAUACACACAAGUGGUGGUGCCACAGAAGCGAGCUGCGUUGAUGCUGGAUCGUCUGCUGAUGGCUCUGCAGAAGGCCCUGCACGAGGACGGGGAGCGGCCAGAGCGCGACGGGCCCCGCGCCGCGCCGCUGCGCAUCGCCGGCCUUGAUGAUGUUGGCAAUGACAUGAUGGCUCUGUACAGCGAGGUCGGAGUACCCGCGCCUGCGCCCGCGCCCCGGGACUUCGUAUACGAGCCCCACCCCGCGCCGCUACACAUUGCUGCCCUAGACGACGAUAAGAUUGCGCCGAAGCGGCGCGGGCAGGGUGUCGGCAGAGCGGACGGUCGCGUGUUGCGUUGCUACUUCAACGCCAUCACGUGCUUCUAACACCCGUUCACACACUUGUAACACACAUACAUAUUGAUAAACCACCCUGCUUUCAGGUAUACAAUAUGCUAAAUAUUUUUUAAUACAAAUAUCCUGGAAUGUAAACAAACACUACCAGCAAAAUUUGAUUUGUCUAUAUUUAUCUGGACAGUUUUAGUUUACAUUUGAUAUGUAUAUGAUAUGCAACACUUUACCUACUGACUUGUAAAUAGAGAGAAGAAUUGAAAGCUUUUGGCUGCAGGGCCGUAAGCUAGGCACUUUGUAACAUAAGGGAAGGGAAGACUAUGACCAAGUAGGCAGCCAAUUGAAUGUGACUUUAGUGCCGCUUUAAAAAAAUAUAUUUGGUGAUUUUGGUGGAUUUCGAUCUAGUAAAUUCCAUCUUCUAAUUCUAAGAUUGUACGCGCCACCGGAUCUGCUGCAUAAGUUUUUUACUUAACAAUAACGUUCAAGUAUCAUUAUUUAAUUGCAAUACAAUGAUUCAUAAUUUAAUUUAUCGCCUAACUUAUAAUCAUUCCCAUUCUACCAAUGAAUGUGCCAAUUUCUUAAUCAAGUAUUUUUAAGCCACAUACAUCUACUUUUAAAAUUGUACCUUUUACUUGUCUUCUUUAUUGUAAA